GGACAUACACACUAAGGACAAGACCGGGUCAGUGAAAGGCCAGGGCGUGGUGUGGUUGGGCUGACUGAGGUAAGGCAGUGCUGUUAGGGGCAGGGCAGUUAUGGGUCCACAACUCUAACAUUGAAGCAACGGAUGCUGGCAUCUACACACACAAGCCAGUCCACAUCAGGUCAGAUGAACCACACCACGCCCUGGCCUUUCACUGACCCGGUCUGGUCCACGUCAGGUCAGAUGAACCACACCACGCCCUGGCCUUUCACUGACCCGGUCUGGUCCAAGUCAGGUCAGAUGAACCACACCACGCCCUGGCCUUUCACUGACCCGGUCUGGUCCACGUCAGGUCAGAUGAACCACACCACGCCCUGGCCUUUCACUGACCCGGUCUGGUCCACGUCAGGUCAGAUGAACCACACCACGCCCUGGCCUUUCACUGACCCGGUCUGGUCCACGUCAGGUCAGAUGAACCACACCACGCCCUGGCCUUUCACUGACCCGGUCUGGUCCACGUCAGGUCAGAUGAACCACACCACGCCCUGGCCUUUCACUGACCCGGUCUGGUCCACGUCAGGUCAGAUGAACCACACCACGCCCUGGCCUUUCACUGACCCGGUCUGGUCCACGUCAGGUCAGAUGAACCACACCACGCCCUGGCCUUUCACUGACCCGGUCUGGUCCACGUCAGGUCAGAUGAACCACACCACGCCCUGGCCUUUCACUGACCCGGUCUGGUCCACGUCAGGUCAGAUGAACCACACCACGCCCUGGCCUUUCACUGACCCGGUCUGGUCCACGUCAGGUCAGAUGAACCACACCACGCCCUGGCCUUUCACUGACCCGGUCUGGUCCACGUCAGGUCAGAUGAACCACACCACGCCCUGGCCUUUCACUGACCCGGUCUGGUCCACGUCAGGUCAGAUGAACCACACCACGCCCUGGCCUUUCACUGACCCGGUCUGGUCCACGUCAGGUCAGAUGAACCACACCACGCCCUGGCCUUUCACUGACCCGGUCUGGUCCACGUCAGGUCAGAUGAACCACACCACGCCCUGGCCUUUCACUGACCCGGUCUGGUCCACGUCAGGUCAGAUGAACCACACCACGCCCUGGCCUUUCACUGACCCGGUCUGGUCCACGUCAGGUCAGAUGAACCACACCACGCCCUGGCCUUUCACUGACCCGGUCUGGUCCACGUCAGGUCAGAUGAACCACACCACGCCCUGGCCUUUCACUGACCCGGUCUGGUCCACGUCAGGUCAGAUGAACCACACCACGCCCUGGCCUUUCACUGACCCGGUCUGGUCCACGUCAGGUCAGAUGAACCACACCACGCCCUGGCCUUUCACUGACCCGGUCUGGUCCACGUCAGGUCAGAUGAACCACACCACGCCCUGGCCUUUCACUGACCCGGUCUGGUCCACGUCAGGUCACGCUGGCCAGCGCAGAGAAACUGUUCCUGUUACUGGCCCACCUCUAACCUCUAGACACCCUCUGGUCAGGUUAGAGAAGGGCUACCUUUUAGUUACUGUUUAGGAUAGGGGGGAGAUUUGACUUUUUUUUCCAGGACGCUGAGGUUAGCACCCUAGUCUUCCGGUCAGUGACCUCAGAGAUUCAGGACGGACACAGGUUUUCCAUCCCAUUCCAAAGACGCCACCCUACACAGGUCAUGGUCACUCAUCAAUAACCUGGGGCGUUGGGAUCUCCUUAAACCACAGAAAAGGCCCUCUGUUAGCCCUUCCACACCACUUCGAGCCACAUCCAGUCUCCCAUGCCGCGACCAACCCUACCUAACCUCCUGCAGUGGGAUUGGUCGCCAGCAGUGAGAUUCAGGCUACAUGGCUAACA